AUGGUCAAGUCAUGUGACGGUGGUUCUAGAGAUCUGUCGUGGCUCCUAUGGUCAAGUCAUGUGACGGUGGUUCUAGAGAUCUGUCGUGGCUCUAUGGUCAAGUCAUGUGACGGUGGUUCUAUGGUCAAGAUCUGUCGUGGCUCCUAUGAGAUCGUGGCUCCUAUGGUCAAGUCAUGUGACGGUGGUUCUAGAGAUCUGUCGUGGCUCCUAUGGUCAAGUCAUGUGACGGUGGUUCUAGAGAUCUGUGACGUGGCUCCUAGAUCUGAGAUCUGUCGUGGCUCCUAUGGUCAAGUCAAGACGGUGGUUCUAGAGAUCUGUCGUGGCUCCUAUGAUCAAUCUGCCCGGCCGUCAGUCUGCCCGGCCGUCAGUCUGCCCGGCCGUCAGUCUGCCCGGCCGUCAGUCUGCCCGGCCGUCAGUCUGCCCGGCCGUCAGUCUGCCCGGCCGUCAGUCUGCCCGCCCGGCAGUCUGCCCGCCCGGCAGUCUGCCCGCCCGGCAGUCUGCCCGCCCGGCAGUCUGCCCGCCCGGCAGUCUGCCCGCCCGGCAGUCUGCCCGCCCGGCAGUCCGGCUGUCUGCCCGGCAGUCCGUCUGUCUGCCCGGCUGUCAGUCCGUCUGUCAGCCCGGCUGUCAGUCCGUCUGUCUGCCCGGCUGUCAGUCCGUCUGUCUGCCCGGCUGUCAGUCCGGCUGUCAGUCCGUCUGUCUGCCCGGCUGUCAGUCCGUCUGUCUGCCCGGCUGUCAGUCCGUCUGUCUGCCCGGCUGUCAGUCCGUCUGUCUGCCCGGCUGUCUGUCUGCCCGGCUGUCAGUCUGCCCGGCUGUCUGUCUGCCCGGCCGUCAGUCUGCCCGGCCGUCAGUCUGCCCGGCCGUCAGUCUUCCCGGCCGUCAGUCUUCCCGGCCGUCAGUCUUCCCGGCCGUCAGUCUGCCCGGCCGGCAGUCUGCCCGGCCGUCAGUCUGCCCGGCCGGCAGUCUGCCCGGCCGGCAGUCUGCCCGGCCGGCAGUCUGCCCGGCCGUCUGCCCGGCCGUCUGCCCGCCCGUCUGCCCGCCCGUCUGCCCGGCCGUCUGCCCGGCAGUCUGCCCGGCAGUCUGCCCGGCAGUCUGCCCGGCAGUCUGCCCGGCUGUCUGCCCGGCUGUCUGCCCGGCUGUCUGCCCGGCUGUGGGUUCUCUGUGGUGUUCCUGGCCCGGACACACAGUGGCAUGCGCUGCGCUCUCAAGAGGAUGUAUGUCAACAAUGUCCCUGACCUCAACAUCUACAAGAGAGAGAUCACUAUUAUGAAGGAGCUGUCUGGUCAUAGGAACAUAGUGAACUACCUGGACUCUACCAUCAACUCCGUAGGGGACAGUGUGUGGGAGGUGCUCAUUCUCAUGGAGUACUGUAAAGCUGGUCAGGUAGUGAAGCAGAUGAACCAGCGUCUCCAUACAGGGUUUACGGAGCCGGAGGUGUUGACCAUCUUCACUGAUACCUGUGAGGCUGUGGCCAGGCUGCAUCAGUGUAGAACCCCUGUCAUACACAGGGACCUGAAGGUAGAGAACAUCCUCCUCAGUGAUAAUGGGAGUUAUGUUCUGUGUGAUUUUGGAAGUGCUUCUCUCAAAGUGCUGCUUCCACAUAAAGACGGAGUGACCGCUGUGGAGGACGAAAUCAGGAAGUACACGUCCCUGUCUUAUCGAGCUCCAGAGAUGAUCAACGUGUACGCAGGGAAGGCCAUUACCACCAAGGCUGAUAUCUGGGCUCUUGGUUGCUUGUUGUACAAGCUGUGUUUCUUCUCGCUCCCGUUCGGGGAGAGUCAAGUCGCCAUAUGUGAGGGAACCUUUGUCGUUCCCGACAAUUCCAAAUUCUCCUUCAAGUUGCACUGCUUAAUCAGAUAUAUGCUUGAGCCUGACCAUGAGAAGAGACCAGACAUCUAUCAAGUGUCCUACUUUGCCUUCAAGUUAGCUGGAAAAGAGUGUCCUGUGCCAAAUCUCUUUAACUCUCCUCUCCCCACGUCACUUCCUGAGCCACUCACAGCCAGCCAAUUCGCUGCCAGGAAGAGUAUGACGAAAGCCAGAAUCACAGAGUCCGUGGGCCCAACGGCAACUUCCAUCACUCCGAGACAGAGACCCAAAGCUACAAACAGUUAUGUGCUGCCCAUUCCUGUUGCAGCCAUCACCCCUACAGCUGCCACGCCCAUCGUCACCCCUACAGCUGCCACGCCCAUAGUCACCCCUACAGCUGCCACGCCCAUCGUCACCCCUACAGCUGCCACGCCCAUCGUCACCCCUACAGCUGAGCCUUCUGUACCUGUCAGCAAUGGGCAGAAAGCGACCACCCCAGGGAAUGGGCAGCCGGUGACGCCACAGACAUCCAACAGGGUCCUCCAGCAGCUGCAGCCUGGGGACCUACGUCUGCAACAACGAGAUCCGCUUCACCCUGUCCAUCCACAGCAGCUCCAAUACCUUCAGUACCAGCAGACCCUUCAGCAGGCCCAGCUCCAACAGCAGCAGCAGGCCCAGCUCCAACAGCAGCAGCAGCAGGCCCUGCUCCAACAGCAGCUCCAACAGCAGCAGCAGCAGGCCCUGCUCCAACAGCAGCAGCAGCAGCAGGCCCUGCUCCAACAACCGGUGAUGAUGCAGCCCAUGAAUCAGCAACAACAGACACACUACGCAGCCAUGAUGCACCAGUACCAACGGGCUUUUGCACAGCAACAGCAUCAACACCCCACCCAGCAGCCCUAUCCUCUGGAGUGUCAGCUUCCCCCGGGCUCCUAUAACCCUGCUGGGCCUGGGCCUAUGUCCCCUGUGGAGCCCCCAUCCACUAACACCAGUAGAAGCCCUCUGGUGGACUUCAAGGUGACCACCCCUCCUCCCCAGAGCCUGGUCACCCCCCAGAGCCUGGUCACCCCCCAGAGCCACCCUCCUGACAUGUCCCGAUGGAACCCCUUUGGAGAGGACAACUUCUCCAAACUGACGGAGGAGGAGCUGCUGGACCGAGAGUUCGACCUCCUCAGAGCAAGUAAACGUCUGGAGAGAACCAGUAGCCAGGAGGCAGACCGACCGCUGCAGCCAAUCACCCCUGAAGACCUGUUUGGCUCCUCCCCUUCCUGUCUAGUGCAGCUUGUCUGCUUCAAUCCAACAGGUUCUCGUGUGAUCACUGAUCAGCCUAUUGAAGAGCUCAGUAGCCCAGUGGCUGCCCCCGUACCUGUUCCUGUGGGCCGGCCUUCCCUGGAGGAGGAAGUGCUACAACCUCCGGUGGCAAAGGAGCACAAACCAAGUAGGAGGAGAAACUCUCCUAUGGGUGGUUUACAAACGACUCGCAAACCAGGUGGUGACGAAUCAGACAGUGACUUUGAGUCAGAUCCUCCUUCCCCUAAGAGCAGCGAGGAGGAAGACGACCCGGACGACGACGACGAAGGUCUGAACAACGAGCACAGAGAGUUCUUCAACGAACUGGAAGAUUUGGAGGAAACGGAGAUGCUGGGACAUAGGCCUCUGCUGAUGGACUCAGAGGCUGAGGAAGAGUACGACAAACACAGCUCCGACUCAGACUAUGAACCCAGGAAGGUUAAGGAAGGACUUACUAGGAAGCUAAAAGGAGGAGUGGCUACUGCCUCCCAUGAGGGAAGUCCGAGAUUGGAGUCAGAAGACACACUAAUCACGAUUACGCCUCCCGAGUCACCUGGUGUGGUGGCUGUUAGAGCUUCCCCUUGUGUCGGUGGCAUUGUGGACGUGUUUGGUGAGGAUGUGUUUGGUGCUGUGCCCUUCUUUCCUCCAGCGGCAGCUCCGACAGAAAGCGCAGACAUCUUCUCCGCGGCUCCCUUCAGGCAGGUGAGCCAGGAGGCCAACCAGCCCAGCCAGGAGGCCAACCAGCCCAGCCAGGAGGCCAACCAGCCCAGCCAGGAGGCCAACCAGCCCAGCCAGGAGGCCAACCAGCCCAGCCAGGAGGCCAACCAGCCCAGCCAGGAGGCCAACCAGCCCAGCCAGGAGGCCAACCAGCCCAGCCAGGAGGCCAACCAGCCCAGCCAGGAGGCCAACCAGCCCAGCCAGGAGGCCAACCAGCCCAGCCAGGAGGCCAACCAGCCCAGCCAGGAGGCCAACCAGCCCAGCCAGGAGGCCAACCAGCCCAGCCAGGAGGAGUUGGACGUCUUCACUAAGGCUCCGUUCAGCCGGAACCUCUCCAAGACUGGAAGCAGCGACUUCUCUACGGGUCGGACUCCGCCGGUGUCCCCUGACAGCAUCGACCCGUUCGGCUUCUCUCCCUUCCAGCCCGGCCCCACGGGCCUGCCACCAACCACCUCCAGGAGUGCCGAGGACAUCUUCCGUCCAGCCUUGGAGAAUUCUCUCAGCCCCCAGCAGCAGAGGCUGAAGCAGCGUAGCCUCCAGAAGUUAUCCUCACGUCAGAGGAAGUUCUCUGGUGGCACCAGCGGCGGUCGCAAGAACAACAAGCCCAGCUUCCGAACCCCCGAGCGCGUCCGCCGGCACAAGAAGGUCGGCAGGAGGGACUCCCAGAGCUCCAACGAGUUCCUCAGCACCUCAGACUCCAAGGAGAACAUCGGCGUCGGCGGCGUAACGAUAGCAGACACCGACAAAGGAAAAGGGGCUUCCCUGCCUAGCCUUCCUCAUGAGGUCGACCCCUUCGGAGCCAAUCCCUUUGGUCCUCAGGAUGGCAGCCGACUUAACCAGUACCAAGGUCUUCUGGGGGACAGCAAGGCAGACAUGGGUUCGGCCAAUGGCAGGCCUCGGACUAGCUCCCUCCAUGAUGUGUAUGGGGAUGGGAACAUCAUGGAUGACUUUGGAGCGGUACCCUUCACAGAACUGGUGGAGCACCCUGGGCCUGAACAGCAGCCGUCACAGCCAGUAGAGCUGGAUCCUUUCGGGCUGCACCUUCUCCUCCAAACAUUGUUUGUAAAGAUUGUGGCCUCCAUGACCUACCAAUAA